CUGCAGUGGGGAAUGGGGCGGAGCCUCGUUCCGUGAGUCACCGACGGGUCGGACUUCCGUUUGGACCUCCCGGGAUUGGCGGGAGGGGCGCCUCUUGUGCAUCGGUUGCCGGGCCCUGGAGAUCGCGCGGAAGGCCAUCAUGAAGAAGCCACGAGCAGCUAUGAGAAGUUGUUGCAGGAAGCAGGCAUCCAGCAAGGAGGGAAGGAAGAAGCAUGCACCCAGCAGCAGCCAGGCCAAGCCUUCUGCCCCUGAUGGCCUGGCCGGACGACCGGAGGAGGUGGUAUUGCAGGCCUCUGUCUCCCUGUACCACCUAUUCAGAGACACAGCUGAGGUCACAGUCUUCCGAGAGAGCCUGCUGAGUUGGUACAACCGAGAGAAGCGGGACCUACCCUGGAGAAGGCAGGCAGAGGGUGAGGUGGACCUGGACAGGCGGGCGUAUGCUGUGUGGGUCUCAGAGGUCAUGCUGCAGCAGACCCAGGUUGCCACGGUGAUCGACUAUUAUACCCGAUGGAUGCAGGUGACUUCAGGAAAGGGGAGUGUCAGGAGCCAGACCCCAGAUGAGAGCCUGUCUUUUGGGAUGGAGGAGGUGAACCAGCUCUGGGCUGGCCUGGGCUACUACUCUCGAGGUCGGCGGCUACAGGAGGGAGCCCGGAAGGUGGUAGAGGAGCUAGGGGGCCACAUGCCACGUACAGCAGAGACCCUGCAGCGGCUUCUGCCUGGUGUGGGUCGGUACACAGCUGGAGCCAUUGCUUCCAUUGCCUUUGGGCAGGUAACCGGUAUAGUGGAUGGGAAUGUAGUACGGGUGCUGUGCCGUGUCCGAGCCAUUGGUGCUGAUCCCAGUAGCACCCUUGUCUCUCAGCAGCUCUGGAGCCUAGCCCAAAAGCUAGUAGACCCAGCCCAGCCAGGGGACUUUAACCAAGCAGCCAUGGAACUGGGGGCCACAGUGUGCACCCCGCAGCACCCACUCUGCAGCCAGUGCCCUGUGCAGAGCUUGUGCCGGGCACGCCAGAGGGUAGAGCGGGAACAGCUCUUGGCCUCCCAGAGUCUACCAGCCAGUCCUGAUAUGGAGGAGUGUGCUCCCAACACUGGACAGUGCCAGCUGUGUGCACCUCCCACAGAACCCUGGGACCUAACCCUGGGUGUGGCCAAUUUUCCCAAAAAAGUCAGCCGCAGACCCCCUAGGGAGGAGUGCUCUGCCACCUGUGUUUUGGAACAGCUGGGAGCCCAUGGGGGUGCCCGAAUUCUGCUGGUACAGAGGCCUAAUUCAGGUCUGCUGGCAGGACUGUGGGAGUUCCCCUCUGUGGCCGUGGAGCCCUCAGGGCAGUGCCAACGCAAGGCCCUGCUGCAGGAACUACAGAGCUGGGCUGGGCCCGUCCCAGCCACCCGUCUUCGGCACCUAGGGCAGGUCAUCCAUACUUUCUCUCACAUCAAGCUGACAUACCAAGUGUUUGGCCUGGCCCUGGAAGGGCAGACCCCGGUGACCAUCACACCACCUGGUGCUCGCUGGCUGACUCGGGAGGAGUUUCGCACCGCAGCUGUCUCCACCGCCAUGAAAAAGGUGUUCCAAGUGUAUGAGGGCCAACAGCCAGGGAACUGCAAGGGUUCCAAAAGAUCCCAGGUGUCCAUAUCGUCCAGCCGGAAAAAGCCCAGCCCAAGCCAGCAACUUCUGGAUAAUUUCUUUCGGCCCCUCAUCUGCACUGAUCCACCUAGCCUCAACAGUGUGGCCCAGUGAUGCCUCUGGAAGCCCCCAUCCCCUGAGAAUCAUGUUGUUUAAUAAAGUACUUAUUUUGUAGUCCA